AUGAAGCGCAAAGUGGGCGCUUUGGAGAAGCUUGAGUCGGACCAUGCCGCGCUCAGGUUCAAGCUGAAGAGGGACCCCCAAUCUUACCGAGAUGACUUUGAGCAACAAUAUCAACAGUAUCGCACGCUGCUUGACUUGUUUCUUGCCGACCCAAGCACUACUGAUGGAGGACUUGUUGCGCUAAAAGAUCUCAUAGAAUUUGUAUCGCAUACCUCGAACCUCUAUCCCGAUCUUACAGCGCAAUUCCCUCAAGAUCUCAUAAACAUAUUGCUUCAACACCAUGAAGUGCUCGAGUUUGAUCUAAGAGACAAGGUUGUUAGCAGCAUAUGUCUGCUCAAGAACAAGGGCGUCAUAGACUCCGUCACGCUCCUCAAUACCCUAUUUCCCGUCUUGAUCACCACGCCUAGCAAGUCUCUGAGGAAACUCUGCUUCGAGAAGAUCAUCAGCGAUGUACGGUCAUCCAACUCAAAGACGAUCAACCACAAAGUGAACAAGGCACUUCAGACAACCUUGUUUAACUUGCUGGAAGCAGACAGCGCUGCACCGCGGGGAUUCUUGGCAGUCAAGAUCACACGAGAGCUAUGGAAGCGACAGAUUUGGACCGACGCGCGCACCGUUGAGGUGAUGCGAUUAGCAGCGUUGAGCGAUAACGAGAAGACCAUAGUGGGUGGUGUAAGGUUCUUCCUUGGUGGUGAUCAGGAGAGAGAAGCAGCCGCAGAGGAGAGCAGCGACGACGACAAUGACAUCGACAUGGCAAAACUGAGGCAUCAGGCGGGCAUUAACAAGAAGAGCAAAAAGAAGGCCCGAGAUCUGAAGCACGCCGCUGUCAGUCUAAAGAAGAAGGAGAAGAAGAAGCAUGCACCGCAUCCACUCAAUUUCUCAGCCCUUCACCUUUUGCACGAUCCUCAAGGUUUCGCCGAGACGCUCUUCUCGAAACAUGUCCAGAACUCCAAGAACAAGCUUGCGCUAGAAUCCAAGCUUCUGGUUCUCCAGCUUGUAACCCGACUUGUUGGUUUGCAUCAGCUUACAGUUCUCCCAUUAUACUCUUACUUCUUGAAGCAUCUUACUCCUCGUCAAAACUCAGUUACAAGCUACCUAGCUUGCCUAGCGCAAGCAACGCAUACCUAUGUGCCCCCAGAUGUUCUCGAGCCUUUGGUGCAAAAGAUUGCAAACGAGUUUGUUUCCGAAGCAUCAGCCUCUGAGGUUGCAGCAGCAGGAUUGAACGCCAUCCGUGAGAUUUGCGCAAGGCAGCCCCUAGCGAUGACGGAUACCUUGUUGCAAGAUUUGGUCAUGUACCGCAAAUCCAAAGACAAGGGCACUAUGAUGGCUGCCAAGGGUCUGCUAUCGCUUUACCGUGAAGUCGGUGCGGAUCUUCUCAAGAAGCGCGACCGUGGCAAGGACGCUUCAAUGGGAAUACGCGCCGGUACUAUCAAGGAGAAGCGCUACGGCGAGGAGGCCAUUGGCGAAAUCGAAGGCAUUGAGCUUCUCGAGAAAUGGAAGGAGGAGGAACGACGCAAGAAGCUCGAAGCAGCCGGUCUAGAUCCCGAUGCAGACAACGGCGAUGUCGUGCUCGAGGAUGACGACGAAGAAGACUGGAAGAAGUGGGACGUAGAAAGCGACGGCGACAGCGACGACUCCGGCGGCUGGAUCAACGUGGAAAGCGACGGCGAAGACAUUCAAAUCAGCGACUCAGAAGAUGAGAAAGAAAAGGACAGCCGCCCAUCCAAAAAAGCCAAACUCGACACCACCAAAACACCCACACCAGGCCCGGCAGCAUCAACAAUCUCUGAAAAGGAGGCCGAAGCCAACAAAUCAAUCUCCAAACUCCUCACGACCACCAUCCUCACCCCCGCCGACCUAAAACAACUUCAAGCCCUCCGCGCCUCCUCCACCCUCUCCUCCUCCCUCCCCUCCCACAAACGCGCCCAAAUCCUCGCUGCCCGCCACGCCGACGAAGCCAUCACCGCCGAAACAAUCGAACUCGCCGCCUCCAUCGGCAAGAAGAACACCAAAGAAGAGAAGAUUGCAAUGGCUAAAGCGGACCGCGACACCAACCACCAGUCCACGACUGCCAAGCGCAAGGAGAAGAAGGAGGCUGAGGGAAAGAGUACGACGAAUAAGGAGAAGGCGCGCAAGAAGAACUUUUUGAUGACGCUGGGUAAGGCGAAGAGUAAGAAUAAGAGGAGUUUGGGUGACGUUAAGAAGACGCUGCUUGGGCAUGUGGAAAGGAAGAAGAGGGGCGGGAAGAGGGGUAAUAAGGGGAAUUAG